CAAACUCAGUAGUAAUAAGAAUGUCUAUUAGCUUAAAAAUGUGUAACAGUCAAAUUUAACAAUUAAAUAUUCAUAAUAAAAUGAGACACAGUGUACACAGAAUAAAAAAACAAUCUGAAUUGUUAGAUUAAAUAAGUGACCAGUUUUAGUAAAUCUUACUAUUUUCCUGUUUUCUGUUUUUGUGUAGUUUCCAGUAUGUUGUAUUUUCACAAGACCGAUCAUUAAUCGGUUAAAAUUUUACCAUUAUUUCUUUUAUUUUAAUGAUUUUUGUAUAUUAAUUAAGUUUUCUUUUUUUCAUUAAUAACAAAAAUUAGAUGAAAAUUAAUGAUAAUUUAUAUGAUGAUCAUUCAGUUUUUAAAGUUGUUCUAAUUAUAGCCAUUAUUUAUUAUUUCAGACAUAAAGAAUGGAGGAAAGUAGCCAAAAAAAUGAGAAGAAAGAAAAUAAGGUCAGAAUUAGCACAGCAAAGAGAUGAAUUAGAAAUAGAAGAAGAAGAAAAAAGAAAAAUGUCUCCAACUUAUGAGAAACUUAUUGCUGAAGAAAAAUCUCUAUUGAUUGCUGCAGAAGAAGCUGAAAUGAAAGAGUUAGAAGAGAAAUUAAGAAAAUGGCAAGAAGAGGAAGAACGUGUUAAAGAAGAAACCAUGCUCAGAGAAACCUUAUUAAAAGAACUGGAAGAAAAAAAGGAAAAGGCAAGAAUUGAAAAAAUUGAAGUAGAAAAACAACUGUUAGAAGAGGAGGUAGAAAAAAAGAAGAGGAUGGCAGAUUGUUUGCAACAUUUUGCCUCUGGUGUAAUUAAUGUUCUUCCUGAUGAUAUGCUUGUUCCAUUAGAAAGUCAACCUGGAAAAGAAAAAUGCCUUUUUUUUCACAAGGUCGCUGCAUGCAAAUUUUGGGAUGCUUGCUCAAGAAAUCAUGUAAGACCUGCUGUCAGUAAAGUUCUUCUCUUUCCUGGAUUCUAUACACAUUUUUCAAUGUCUCUGCUUGUACAAUCUGAAUAUGAUACUGACAUGUCCUUAGAAUUUGAUGAAAAAGAAACCUAUUCACAUUUUGAGGAAUUUUAUCAAGAUAUAAGAAGUGAAUUUGAAAAGUAUGGCCGUCUUACAAAUUUGGUGGUAUGCUGUAAUCGUGAACUUCAUUUAAGAGGAAAUGUUUAUGUCUCUUUUUCUACAGAAAAGGAGGCAAUGACUGCAUUUCUUAAGUUUAAUGGAAGAUAUUAUGCUGGAAGAGUAAUUUCCUGCCAUUUUGUGAAUAUACCAUCGUGGAAAAGUGCUGUUUGUGGAUUAUAUUUUAAACAGAAGUGCCCUAAAGGAGAUGCUUGCAAUUUUUUACAUGUAUUUAAGAAUCCAGGUCCUCCUUUUUACAAAGUUAAUGAAGACAGGAGUAGCAGCUCUGACGAAUGGAGGUGGUCUGUUUCUCCUGAAAAUGGUAAAUUGAAUGAUAAUGAAAGGAAAGGAAAUGAUAAGAAGAGAAACAGGAGAAUGCGGAGGAGUAGAAGUCGAUCCCCUGAUUACAGAAGAAGUAGAUCCUCAGAAAGAAGGGUUACAAGUUAUAAGCACAAAUCAAGUAGAACAAAAGAAUCUUCUGAAAAUUGUAAAAAAAGAUCAAAUGAACAAAAGAGAAAACAUACGGAAAGAAGAAGUCGUUCAAAUGAUAGAAAUAGGAGUCAUCCUUCUGAUAAGAGGUACACCUAUAGAGAUAAGCAUAGUAGUAGAAAGUCGAAGUCAAAGAGAACUAGAACUAAUCAACGUUCUAGAAGUAGAUCACUUUCUAGAGAUAACAAAAGAAAAAGGGGUGAAGAAAGUACUCGUAGAAGGUCCACUAAUAAAAACAAUUCUAAAUAUAAAGAAAGGGUUAAAAAUAGAAGUAGCAGCAGUUCUUCUGGAAGUUCUGACAAUGAAACGUCUUCAUCUGGAAAAAGUUCAGUGAAUAGCCAGACUUGAAGGGAACAUUAAUAACACAUUUUCAGAAAUAUUUUUUUACCUAAAGUUUUAUUAUUUUGAGGAGUAAAAUAAAUUAUCUAACAUGCAAGUAAAUAAUAAAUAAAUAGCAUGCAAUUGACUGUGUAUGAUUGGCAAUGGUCUGGAAAAUUGAAUGCUUUUUCCUCUUUUCUGUGAGUAGCACUAUUCAUAGAAGCUUAAUGCUUUUGGCAUCGUAUUAAAAUUUGAAAAUAGUUAUUAUAUUUUGUUUUUAAAUUUACCUAAUCACAUAUUUAAUAAAUAAUCUUGGAAAUAUAUUAAAAGUACUGAAUACUUUGAUGAUAGGGGAAUAAAUGAGAGAUCUGCUUGUUAAGCUGAAAAAGUGCUUAGUAAGACAUUAAUUUUUUCACCUACUGCAGAUUAAAUAUAUGUAAAAAAAAUUCUGAUGUUUGCAUCAACAAAUUUCACUUACCUUGGCUCUGCUUUGGAUAUUAAUUAUUUUUUGGCAAUGUUGGGCUAUUACAAAAUUUUUGAAGUGUAUUUUUAAUGGAGCUAAAGCUUAAAGCUGUUAACAAAUCAUUAAGACCAUUAGUAUAAAAAUGAUUAUAGAUUGUACGAGUGUUUGUUAUUUAACUCUUACCUUCCAUUGUAAAGAUGGAGUUACAAGAUUUGCAUUGCCUGCCAUAGAUAGGUCAAAACUUAUUACACUAGUUGUAAGUGGAUAAUGUUGGGAUUUCACAGGGAAAAUUCAUCAAAUUAUUCACUGAUUUAAUUUUCUAAAAGGUAGGUUACAUUGUGAUUAUUCGGAAUAAACGGACAAUAGAUAUCUAAUUAUUUAAAUAUAGUAUCGUACCAAAAAUAAAUAACACGAGACUUCUAGAGUUAUUAAACUACAAUAAAUGUAUUCAAGCUUAUAAACAGAUGUUUUACACAUCCAUGGAAUAUAUUGUUAUUUCACUUCUUUCACACUAAUACAAUGAAAUUGUUGUUUAAACAAUGUUAUUGCUUUGAUUCGGUGAUGGAUUUUAUAUACUUUUUUUCAAACUUAAAAAUAAUUCUAAAAAUUUACAUUUAGUUAGGAAAAUUCGUUUAAUUUUCUAGAAAACGUUAUAUCUGUGAAAUAAUAUUUUUUUUCAGGAAUUAUUAUUUAUAUUUUUUUGUUACUC